CAAUCCACAUGGGAGAAGAGAAAAAAAGCAUUAUGGAAAGAAAAUAAAAAUAUAGGUUUUCAUUGACUUGGGCGUUUCCAAUACAUAGAGCAAUAAAUAGAUGUCUUUAUCUUUGAUAAUUACAGAACCAGAGAACACUUUUUCUUUCUCAUCUUCUCUUUCAAAACACAAAACAAAGAUCACUCAACAAAAACACACAUAGAGAAAGAGAGAGAAAGAGAGAGAUGGGUAGGGCUCCAUGUUGUGACAAGGCAAAUGUGAAGAGAGGUCCAUGGUCUCCGGAAGAAGAUGCGAAGCUUAAAGACUACAUAGAGAAACAAGGCACUGGUGGAAACUGGAUUUCUCUCCCUCACAAAGCUGGUUUAAGGAGAUGUGGGAAGAGUUGCAGACUGAGAUGGUUGAACUACUUAAGACCAAACAUAAGACAUGGAGAUUUCACUGAGGAAGAAGACAAUAUUAUCUACAGCCUCUAUGCCUCCAUCGGAAGCAGGUGGUCAGUAAUAGCAGCUCACUUACAUGGUAGGACUGAUAAUGACAUCAAGAACUAUUGGAACACUAAGCUAAAGAAGAAGCUCAUUGCCACCAUGGCUCCUCCUCCAAAUCACCACUUAGCCAGUGCUACACCAUCAUCACCAUCACAUUACAAUAUGAUCAAUACUCUUCUUCCGUAUAACCCAUCAAUAUCAACAAACCAACUUCUCACACCUCAUCAGGGUAUGAUGAUGACAAUGAUGGGCCAACAACAACAACUAUUAUAUCAAGCAGACAUGGGCACUUUGGUAAAUUCUCCAAACAGAAACAAUUUCAUAAUGAGCCAUCAAGAAGACAGCCAGGAGCAAAGUACAAACAAGGGAAUAAUGUUGUUGAGUGAUGUAAGAAGUGGGUCGAGUACAACAAGUACAGUAACAAGAGUGAAGAUGGAACAUCGUGAUCAUCAUCAUCAUGAAGAGUUAGAGGAUGAGAGAUCAAUGAGCUCGGCAGUAAUUGAAGAUUAUGGAAUGGAGGAGAUCAAGCAAUUAAUAAGUAGUAGCUGUACUAGUAGUAGCAAUAGCUUGUGGUUUGAUGAAAACAAGACAGAGGAUAAGUUCAUGUUGUACUAUUGAUCUCUCUUACCAACUUUGAUUCAACCCCCAUAUUCUCUCUCUUUCUUUCUCAAAACUGAACAUGAAUUAUUAAAACUUGUUCUAA